CUUCGCUUUCCAUCUCGUCUCCAUCCGACACUAGGUGCAAUUAACCCUAACAUUUAACAGAAGGGAUUGAUCUCCCCUUUCAUCUGUCGCGGGUGAUGCCUUGUGCAGUUCUGCUUUGCCUGGAUCAACUAAGAGCCGGUAGGCAUCACCAUAUUUUGUGCCUGUGUAGGAACACUAUUUCUUCAUUACAAGAGAAGUUUUUUUUAAGCAAUAAGCAAGAGAAGGUUUUGGAUAUCCUUUCACAGCUUUGAGUGGAACCAUGUCUUGGAUGGUCGGUGGUAUCAAGUUCCUCCUUUGGUUUCUGCUUUUGAGCAGCUCAUCAUUUUGUUUCGGUUCCGAACUUGAUGUAACCUGCUUGAAGACUUUACAGAAAUCAGUGAUUGAUCCUAGGGGCAUAUUGAAAUCCUCAUGGAAUUUCAGCAGAUUCAUAUGCGGCUUUACUGGUGUGGAAUGUUGGCAGCCUGAUGAAGAUGACAGGUUUCUUUCGCUGAGUCUAAGCAACCUCGGGCUUCAAGGCCAAUUUCCUCAGGGUCUUGAGUAUUGCACUAGUCUAGUCAGCCUUGACCUGUCAAAUAACAAUUUUUCAGGGCCCAUCCCUUUGAACAUCACACGGCAGGUGACAUACUUGACAUUUCUGGAUCUCUCGUACAACAGGUUUUCAGGUGAAAUUCCAAUAGGCAUCUGCAAUAUGGACCUGAACGUCCUAAACAUUCAGCACAACCAACUCAGUGGUCAAAUUCCAAGACAAUUCGGUGAGAUUCUUCGGUUAACAUCUCUCAAUGUCGCAGAUAACCAGUUAUCUGGGCUUAUUCCUUCAUUCUUAUCCAAGUUCCCAGCAUCCAACUUUGCUGGUAAUCAAGGGCUUUGCGGUCCACCGUUGGAUGAUUGUGGCAAUGCAAACAAAGCGUGUCUGGGAUCACGCAGGAUCAACGACGAGUUCAUUAUUGGCUCGGCUGCUGGGUUCGUGGUGGGAUUUGUGGUGGCGUUCUACUUCCCGCAUAUGUUCAUCUUCUCCCAACGGCUCCAUCCAUAUGUCUACCGCAUAUGUUAAUGUCUAUUUGUUCUGAAACGUUGUGGAGAGUCGAGACCAAGUGAGUGAUUAGACUGCAAUUAAUUCU